CUGCAAGGCAAGGUCGGCCUCGUCACAGGUGCAGGCUCUCCCCAUGGCAUCGGCAGAUCUCUUGUUCUGUUGCUUGCCGAAUCUGGAGCUCGCGCGGUGUAUGCGACUGACCUAACGCUCUCCAACAUCGCUUCUCUCCAACAAGAAGUCAAGGAUAGCGGCUCGCUUUGCAAAGUACAUGGCGAAUUGCUUGAUGUUACUUCAGAGGAGCAGACCAUUGGCAUUCUCAAGAAGGCUGUUUCUACCUAUGGCCGUUUAGACUUUUACUUCGCCAACGCUGGUGUUGGAAAUUAUAGAUCUCUUCAAGAUACAGAUGCUGCUUACUAUGAUCGUACCAUCUCCAUCAUGCAGCGGUCGUUCUUCCUCGCCAUCAGAUAUGGCGGACAGGCAAUGAGCACAACAUCUUCAGAGAAACCGAAGCCAGGAGGUUCAAUCAUUGUAACAAGCUCCAUGGCUGGUGUGAUUGGUGGCGUGUCUGAUAUUUCGUAUUCGACUGCAAAAGCUGCAGCAUGCAACAUGGUCAAGUCAGCUUCCGUCCAGCUAUCGUCGACUCAUGUGCGUGUCAACGCAAUUGCCCCUGGAUUCAUCAAGACCAGCAUCAAUGCUACUUCGAAGUGGACAACAGACGGAGAUGCGCCUGAUGAGAAGCUCAGUAAGGAAGAGGCCAUGAAAAUAUUUGACACGGUUAUGGGUGGUCAAGCCUCCGAUGAUCGUUACUACUACAACCGCAUUCCGGGACCUGAGGAGAUUGCCAGCAUCGGCGUAUUUUUGGCCUCGGAUUUAUCAGCAUCCAUCAACGGCCAAAACAUAGUCGCAGACAGUGGAAAGACGGUGGCUGCAUUGGGCGAAACUGUCAUUGGCCCAAUCGCUCCUAUGAAGCCAUUCAAGGACCUCUAG